UCACGUUUCUGUCACGAUGGUGACAAGUCCACAUCACGCACGUGGUCGCACGUGCGAUGGUUUUGAGGUUAGGUUGACAUUUAACCGAUAGUCCCGAGUUUCAAGGAAAUCGCGGGAUACAUUUGUUAAUCGCGCGAAUGAAAUAAAAAGCUGAGAAAAAACUUUUCUUUUCUCUCGAGAUGGAAGUUAGCGUGGAUGACGUGGUGAUGCCGGGCGAUAGGUUAACGAACAUCACGUCAUUCAAAAAGGAAAACAAAAAUGAGAAGGAGAUCGUGAUUUUGGGCCCUGGACUGCGUCGUGAGGAUGAUGCCGUUCUCAUUUGCAAAGCGGGUGUUCUGAGGAAACGCGAACCGGCCGUUUACUAUGUGGAUAGCUAUCAAAAACGAUACAUUCCCAGUCGAGGCGAGAAUGUCGUUGGUAUAGUGACACAAAAAAGCGGUGACAUUUAUAAAGUGGAUAUCGGAGGCAGCGAACAGGCGACACUAUCUUAUUUGGCCUUUGAGGGAGCCACGAAGAAAAACCGACCUGAUGUACAAAUCGGCGAUUUGGUGUACGGCAAAUUGCUGGUCGCCAGCAAGGAUAUGGAGCCGGAAUUGGUAUGCGUGGACUCUCAUGGCAAGGAAAAUGAACUCGGUAUGCUCAGCUCAGAUGGCAUGAUGUUCAUCUGCUCGCUGAGCCUCGUAAGGAAAUUACUCAAUCCGGAGUGUCCGUUGUUCAGGCUACUUGGAAGGAAUCAGGCGUAUGAACUUGCCGCAGGGAUGAAUGGCAGGAUAUGGAUCAAGGCGCGAUCGGUUCAAGAGACAAUAGCCGUGGCAAAUGCUAUUCUAGCGGCGGAGUUCACAGUAUCUAGUGAAAUGCAAAAACUCUGUUCCAAAAUCGAGAAAAUAUUAUUUCUUGCGGCUUAACGUUAGUGGACUUUGAGGAAAUUUUAUUUGGAUGAAUUAUUAAUGCAAAAGAUUAGCAUCGAAGAUUCGGUACUUUUUUUUAAAUAAAACUUAGAAAUUAGAAUAAUGCCUUAAAUGAACUCAAAUGCAUUUUAAAGCCAGUCCCACCUUGGCUUGUAAAAUAAUGACUACUUGCUGUUAUCAAUGACAGUUACAUUUAUUGUAUAAUAUUUGCAAUAAAUUCUGUAAAUAAAUCUGGAAGAGUUUUCUUAAUUGAUAUUUUAUGUGUAGGAAUAGUGUAGAGUGAGACAACCAUUGUGACAACCUGACGUGAAUUAAAACUAUAGGUACAAUUAUCACUAAAAGAUGUUAUCGUAUGAAUAUACAUACAGCGGAAGCAAUGAGCAUAGUACAUGAUUGUACAAGGUAUUAGCGUGAAACAAUAUAAUCAAUAUAAUUUAAUGUUUAGUUUAGAAGAAAAGAAGACUCGCUUCGUAGGAAAUUCAAAGUUUAAUUUCGCUUUAACAAAAGAAAUUUGAUGACAUUCGGAUAUUACACAUAGGUAUCGUAUUACACUAGUGAUUGCAGACAGUAUCGAUAUAAAGAUACGGAGUGCAGAACGCUGCUAAUUAUGAUAAUUUUCAUUACGUCUCGCUGAUAUGUGCCUAGUGUAAUGCUCUUUUCGGCUUACUCGAGCCGUGCGCGACUAUAUACGAUGUUAUUUGCCGUAACAGUCUAGAACAGUGACGAUAUUUUUGCACUCAAGCACAACCAUUACUUUCAUCUUACAAAAUAUUACUCGGAAA